CCAGACUGGACCAGACUGGACUGGACGGGCCCGCCCUGUGCUCUGCAACCAGACCGGAUCCCAAGCAGCAAGCCAGCACAGCCCUCCCUCCCCCCGAUAUCGCCGGAUCGCAGCGUGGCCCAGCAGAACCAUCGCCUCCCAUCAUUCACCAUGGACGACAGAAAACGCCGAAAAUCCUUUGGCGACCGCAACCGCCGAAUCUCUCUGUUGAUGCGGACACCAGACCGGGUGGGCUCCAGCUCCUCGCUGAUCACAACCCCGAUCACGCCGGUGCGCCAAAAGGUUUCUGAGGAAGAAGCUAAGCGGUCCUUCGAAGAAUGGAUGAAAAUUGCUGCGGAUAAUAAAAUCAACUCCAACAACUGCUUCAACCUUGCACUCAUCGACUACUUCCACGAUCUUACGCUUCUGAGGGACGGUGAUGCCAUAAACUUCCAACGAGCAUCAUGUACCCUGGAUGGCUGCAUCAAAAUCUAUACAUCUCGAGUGGACUAUGUCGAUGUCGAAACAAAGAAGCUCUUGAGUGGUCUCGCCGACCGCAUGGAAGGAUCGCAAAGGGAGCCUGAUGAGGAUGGUGGCGACGAAGACGACGAAGACGACGACGGCGAAUCUCCGAAUCCAUCCCAAAAGCCCUCCAAGAAGAAGCCAAGCCGCGGCGGCAAGACGCUCGAGAAGGACUUUGGCUCGCUGAACAUCAAGAAGCUGGAGCUCGACUUUAUGGUUGAUCCGCUGUUCAAGAAGACAUCGGCCGAUUUCGACGAAGGCGGUGCGCACGGCCUGUUGCUGAAUCACCUAGCCAUCUCCUCAGAGGGAGGCAUUAUAUUCGAUUCGAGUGAUCUCUCAUCCAGUCUUGUGGACGCCGACUCCAAUUUUCAGAACGACCGGAUCGAUAUUACAAAGCUCAAAUCCAAAUUUGAAGGCUCGCUGAAUCAAAUAUGGGGUCUGAGCGUUUGCCCCUCGCUCAAGUCGUUUUCGUUUUCGUUUUCGGGGAGCUCGAUUGAGCAGUUUGACAUCCAAAACAUGAUCAACGAGGCCCACGAGGCCGCACUUGCAUCUGCUUCUCGGGCAGUCUCUGGAGGCGAUGCCGGAACCAACGGCGAAACGCCCUGGACCGGAUACGACUCGGACGACAUGGGUGCUAACGAAUACUUUGACGAUGACGAUGGUGCUCCCUACCCAAACAACGAUCACGAGCCACUGAAUGAGUCUGGCAUUGCUUUGUUCGAAGAGAGUCUGGUGUCGCUCACGGCUGCGCCUGAGGAGGACUUGUACUCGUACUUUGACACCCGGAUCUCAAAAUCGUGGGCUGGUCCGGAGUUUUGGAAGCUGCGUUCUCUCAAGAACGCGGCAAAACCGGCCUCGAGAACAGUCAAGCAGCGAGAAGUUGUCACCAUCGACUUUCAGGAAGACGAGCCUCUUGCCGAGAGUGAGCUCUUUGCCUUCUCUAAAGCAAGCCUCAGUCUUCCCAAGCAGUCGGAGAAAGCCGGCAGUCGCUUUUUACUGCCUGAAGAUGUGCGCUUUUCGUCAAAGGACCUCCUGGGGCUGUUCCUCAAGCCCAACUGCAAAGCUAUCUUUUUGAAGAAGAAGAGUCGACCAAGUGGACUACCGCAUACUGCUUCCUCUGUCAACCCAGACCCCAACGAAGGAGCCUUCUGGGCCGAGCACGACGGGGAUGAUGUCGCUUUCUCCAUCCAUCCGGCUGAUUCACAUGGACAAGAUGCCGAUCCGUAUGAUGGGUUCAGUCCGAUGAACGAUCAUUAUGAUGAUGACGAUGAUGACGACGUCGAAGAAAUCGACUUGUCUGUGGAGGACUAUGCCGCUAUGUCGCAGAAUGGCACAUAUGACUUUGGCAGCCAGCUCGUCAACCUGCCCAAGAAAACAAAAGCCGUGCCUCUCAACUUUGCCAAGACCGCCAAGAAAGUCGAUGUCAAGCUUCUUAAGGAAAAUCUGUGGAAGACCAUGUCCCAUAGCGACGACCUCGGUGCGAGCCCAGACCAGACCUCGGGCGAAGUCAAGUUCACCGAAGUGGUCUCGGACCUCAAACAACACUACUCCGACAAGAAGCUCAAGGAUAUAUCACCAGCAUUCUGUUUUAUCUGUGUCCUGCAUCUUGCCAACGAACAAGGCCUCGAGAUUCAAGGAAACGGGGGCUUGAGCGACUUGAUGAUUCAGGGCGCUACACUCAAGCCAGCGAUUCACUGAAGGUCAAUUUGCGUACAGAGUCAUUUUGAACAAGGGAUCGGGCCGCCCGGAGUUUCCAGCAACUUGUGAUUGCUGACUGUGUCCAUCAAUUGAACUCGGUUCACUCGCGCUACUGCUGCUUCAGCCCCGGGGUUGUCUUGG